UCAGCUGUUUGCUCAAAUUGUGUUUUUAUAAUUUGCUGAGUUGUUAAAAAUCAAAGUACACCAAAAUUUUAAACACAUCGUAAAUGCAAAGAGUAGGGAAUUAGCUGUAACAAUAGUUUGCGGCUACCAUAUACGCACUGCAGUCAAUAAAUAGAGAUAGAAGCAGCUAAGUACGCAUUUGUCACAACUACAAAUCGUAAAAGAUAAAAAACAAACGCGCGAUAAGCGCCCCGGCCCCCAAUCAACGUGCCAAACAGCAGACACAUACUACACAUACAAACAUAGGAAUAAUUAGAGCAAUAGCAGCACGCUAAAUAUGUUGUCUUACAUCAAACGCAAACUAUCUGAGUCGGACAGUGUUGCUGGUGGCAGUGGCAGCGGCAAUACCAACAGCAACAGCAGCAAUAGCACAACAGCAGCAGCCGAGAUUGUGCGCAAAACAAGUCAAAUGUCAUUGGAUAAUGGUGGAGUUGCCUACGGCGAAGACGCAUUGCUACAUGAGCUUGGUUAUCGCAAUGCUACAGAUCUGCAAGAGACCAUCUACGAUCUAUUGCGCACUAUACGCGAUCCAGAGAAGCCUUGCACAUUGGAAGACUUGAAUGUUAUAUACGAGGAUGGUAUUUUUGUAAUGCCGCCAACACGCUCAAAUGUUUCAGUUGUGCGCAUUGAGUUCAAUCCCACAGUGCCACAUUGUUCAUUGGCCACGCUGAUUGGCUUAUGUAUACGCAUCAAAGUGGAACGUAGCUUGCCGCACAAUAUAAAGCUGGAUAUUUAUAUAAAGAAGGGCGCACAUCAAACAGAGGAAGAGAUCAACAAGCAGAUCAAUGAUAAAGAGCGCAUAGCAGCAGCCAUGGAGAAUCCAAAUUUAAGUGAGCUGGUGGAGAAUUGCAUUAAGGAUGAGGAGUAGUUAGCUUUAAGCUAUGCCAACAGCAUGUAAAUAAUGGAUUUUAAGUCAGCCCUAGCCUCUAAGCAUACCAACUACUGUAUAAUUGUGUCUAAAAUUAAAAUUU